AUGACUAAAACAAGAACCUAUUCAGUGGACGCCAUAGUGAUCUUUAAGAAGAAUUUCAGUCGUGUUAUUGUCUUGCGGAGUGGAAUGGGCGUGCCAGAAGGAUCCUGCCUGACCCGCAGCUGGGGGGAGUCGGGGGCCAAGUCUUCCUGCCCCCAGUGCAGGAGAAGAACUCAGAAGAGGAAACUCCGGCCGAGCCAUCGGGCUCAGCUGGUCAACACUGUGGAAAUAGCCAAGAAGUUCGCUCUGCAGGAGGGAAAAGAUGCAGGUGCGAAUGGGCAACUCUGCCCGAUGCACCAGGCGCUCCUGAGGUUUUCCGGCAAGGACGAGGAAGCCGCCCUCUGUGUGGUCUGCGGCAAAGAGGCGGUGGUGGCAGCCAGAAAAGGGGGAGUUUGCCAGAAGCACCAGGAGCCCCUGAAGCUCUUCUGCAAGGACGAUGAAGCCCUCAUCUGUGUGGUCUGCGACCGAUCCAAGGAGCACAGAGAUCACGAGACCCUUCCUCUUGAGGAGGCCUCCCAAGAGUACAAGGAUCAGUUCUGCAGCCGUCUGGAGAUUCUGAAGGAGGAGAGAGAAAGAAUUCUGGCAUAUAAAGGAGACGUAUUGAGGCAAAGCCUAGACCUGCUUAAGCAAACCACAGGAGAGAAGCACAAGACUGUAGCCAAGUUCAGGCAACUGCACACGUUUCUGGAAGAACACGAGAAACGGUUGCUGGCCCAGAUGGAAGAGGUGAAGAAGGAGGUGGCAAGAAAUAGGGAGCAGCACCUGGCCAGACUCUCUGAGGAGCUCUCCUCUCUGGAAAGCCUCAUCCGGGAGAUGGAGGAGAAGAGUCAGCUGCCAGCCGGUGAUCUCCUGCAGGACAUCCAAAGCACCUUGCAGAGGUAUGAAGAAAAGGAGACGUUUGAGAAUCCCGUGACUUUUCCUCUUGCAUUGAAGUGGAGGAUCUGGGAUGUCUGUGACAUCAAUCACUUUCUGGAUGGUGUCAUGAAGCAACUGAAAGACACUCUGGAUUCUGGACUUCACCUCCAGAAAGCAGCAAAAGUGAUUCUGGAUCCAUAUACCGCCCAUCCCAAACUCAUCCUGUCUGAGGGCUGGAAAAGCGUGAGACGAGGAGAAAACGUUCAAGCCCUGCCCCACAAUCCUGAGAGAUUUGACCACUGGGGUAUUGUGCUGGGCCGUGAGGGAUUCACAGGAGGCUGCCAUUUCUGGGAAGUCCUUGUGGGAAGUGAGGAAGAAUGGGCCGUGGGGGUGGCCAGAAAGUCUGUGAGGAGGAAGGGAGGCGUCACCAUUAGCCCUGAGGAAGGGAUCUGGGGAGCAGGGAAGUGGUGGGGCAGCUACAGGGCUUCUGAAAAAGACCAUGCUCCUCCCCUGACCCUGAGUGGGGAGCUCAAGAGGAUCCGAGUGUGCCUGAACCACACUGGGGGUCGAGUGGCCUUUUUUGACGCUGACCAAGCAGCUCUUCUCUAUGAGUUUUCUGGAGCCUCCUUCCUUGGAGAGACCCUCCUGCCCUUCUUUUGGGUGCAUUCAGAAGGCCACCUCAAAAUCUCUUCUUAGGCCUUUUUUUUUGCAUGAGAUCUGAAGUGAAGCUUAACAGCUCGACUGCUCGGAUUCUCUGCAGUAAACGGCAGUAAGCUGUACAUGCAAGAAGAGGCCUUGGAGUGCCUUGAAGAAGUGAGAAGUGACUCACGAAAGCUCAUACUC